AUGUAAAAAACAUAGAUUGAUUCAGAAUCUGGAAGCAAUUCUACCUGGAAUAAUGAGGAAGAUUUAAAAUUAAAGGAUUUAAUUAACAUUCAUGGUGUUUAAUGGAAUAAAGUAGCAGAAAUAAUUCCAGGGAAAACUGAAUCUUAAUGCAUUUAAAGAUGGCAUAUGUUAUAAGUAAGAAUUCCAUGCUCAUCUAAAGAAUGAAUAGUAUGUAUAAUGGACAAAAGAGGAAGAUGAAGAAUUAUAAGAUUUUGUAUUGAAACAUGGUGAAAAUUGGAGUAAAUUAGAUUUAAUAAUGAAAAACAAAACAUAAAGUCAAAUACAAAAUAGAUGUAAUUAAUUAAAUAUUCCAUUGUUUAACAGACCUUGGAAUGAGGAGGAAGAUAAUUAAUUAUUCCAUUUAUUUGAUAAAUAUGGAACAAAAUGGAAUCAAAUUGCAUAAUUUAUGAAAUAUCGAUCUGUAAAGAAAAUUAAUUUCAUCUUUAGGAAAUCGAGGUAAAGAAUAGAUAUUAUUCAAAGCAUAAAUUAUCAGAACAUCAAAUGACUUUGGUAUUUAAACUAAAAUAUUCAUAGAAUUUGAAGAUGUCUGAUUAUGAAAUUGAAAAAUAAGAAGAAUUAGAAAGUAAAACAUUCAAAACUGAAAUUAAAUGUAAAUAAGAAUUAUAAAAUAUUGAACCUUAACCAAAUAAAAAAGUUGAUAUCAAAUAAUCUGAAUAAUAAUAAAAGGAUAGUAACAUCAGCUAUUUAUGUCCAAGAAAUUUUAUAUUUAAAUUUGAAUAGCUGUUUGAUUCUUCAUAAAAUGAACCAAAAAAGAUUGUAUGGAUACCAGUUCCAAUUAUUAGAAUAACAAAAAAGAAUCCUACAAUAAAUGAUAAUUUAUUAGAAUAAUCAGUUGAAAAUUUAAAAUAAGAGGAAGAAUUAUAAACUAAAAAAAAUUGA